AUGCUUCCUGCUCGUCCUCUCAUCCGAUCAAGCGUGCCUCGUGCCGCACGAGCAACUCGCGCUCCUCGUCGCCAGAUUCGCUUCCAGUCCACAUCCUCCACCUCAUCAUCUUCGAGCAGCAUGCAUCUCGCAUCCGGUAUUGCUGGUGGCUUCGUCGGUUCAGCUCUCUUCUUCGGUAUCUACUCUUACACACCUGCUGGACGCGCUGUUUCAAGUGUGAACAAGGUCGCCCUCGAGGCUCAAAAGAAGUAUGACGCCGCCGCCAAGAAGCUCCAAGAAAAGGCACCCGAUGCCGACCAGGCCGUCAACUAUAUCAAGGAGUACGCCUACUCAUACGUCGGCUGGAUCCCCGGUGGCCGAGCCUACGUCGAUGCUGCUUUCCAGGACUGGGAGAAGGUCCGCGAGAACAACAAGGACGAGGCUGACAAGCUUGUCAACGAUGCCUACAAGCAAUUCCAGGACUUGUCCAAGUCGGGCCUCAGCAUGGAAACUGCCUCCAAGGCUUUCGAUGUCAUCGCUGACCUCGGAAAGAAGGUCGCUAACCUCGCCGGCGACGCCAUCAGCGAUAUCAUUGACAACCACCCUCAAGUCAAGGAGAAGCUUGGCGGCAACGUUGACCAGCUGAAGGAGCUCGGCGACAAGUACGGCCCCGAGGCUAAGAAGCAGGUUGACGAGACCUGGAAGCAGGUCAAGGACAUCUUCGCUGGUGGCUUCAGUGCCAGCACCAUAUCCAAGGCUCGCAAGCUUAUUGAAGAGAAGAUCGAGGAGAUCAAGAAGCUUGGUGACAAGGCCUGGAAGAAGGGUCUGGAGGAAGCCAAGCCUUACCUCGACAAGAACCCCAAGGUCAAGGAGCUCAUCGAGAAGAACGCCGAUGCUCUGAAGCAGGGCAACGCCGCUGAGCUCUUUAAGCGCGCCAAGUCCGCUGUCGACUCUGGUGACCUAGGUGAUCUUGAGAAGUACGUAAAGGACGCCACAGAGAAGGCCAAGUCUAAGGGCAACGAGCUCACCGGCGGCUGGGUCGACAUUGAGAAGUACAUCAAGGAGAUCCCCAACGGCGGGGAGGUUAUGGAGAAGCUCCAGCAGCUGAGCGAGGUUGCUGACAAGCACAAGGAGGAGGGUGAGAAGCUCUUCAGGGAGACCAUCGAUGAGCUGCGACAGGUGUUGGAGAAGAAGUCCGAAAAGGCCCAGGAGAUUGCUGGCGAGGCUAAAAAGGAUGCCAAGAAGGAGGCCAAAUAA